AUGAUUGGUGCAGGGAAGGUGGUGUGUGUUACAGGAGCUUCAGGAUACAUAGCUUCAUGGCUGGUGAAGCUGCUGCUUGAGCGCGGUUAUACUGUUAAAGCUUCAGUUCGUGACCUCAAUGACCCAACAAAAACAAUGCAUUUGACUUCACUUGAUGGAGCCAAGGAGAGGCUUCUUUUGCUUAAGGCAAACUUGCUAGAAGAGGGAUCCUUUGAUGAAAUAGUUAAUGGAUGCGAAGGUGUUUUUCAUACUGCAUCUCCUUGUCAAUUUUCAGUUCCAGCCAGAGAUCCACAGGCGGAACUACUGGACCCUGCAGUAAAGGGAACACUGAAUGUGCUACGAUCUUGUGCAAGAGUUCCAUCGGUCAAGAGAGUGGUUCUAACAUCCUCAAUGGCAGCAGUUAUAAACAAUACUGAUUUAAAGGAUGAUGUGGUGGUUGACGAGAGCUGGUUUUCAGAUCCAUCAUACUGUGAAAAGAAUGAGUUGUGGUAUAUGUUAUCGAAGACCUUGGCUGAGAAUGCUGCGUGGAAAUUUGCAAAGGAGCAUGGCAUUGACAUGGUUGCAAUAAAUCCAGCAUUGGUCAUUGGUCCUCUCUUGCAGCCAACGAUCAACCAAAGUGUAGAACUCAUCCUGAACCUAGUAACAGGGGCUCAAUCAUUUCCCAAUGCAACUCUGCCAUGGGUUGAUGUUAGAGAUGUUGCCUGUGCACAUAUUCUCGCCUUUGAAAUCCCUUCUGCUAAUGGAAGAUAUUGUCUCGUUGAAAGAUUUGCAAACGGUUCUCAGCUCCUCGAGGUUCUUCAAGAACUUUACCCCACUCUCGAAUUCCCGGCAAAAUUCAUCGACUGUAGCAGCCUUACUUUUCCAGACUACAAAAUAUCUCAAGAAAAAGUCAGAAGUUUAGGGAUUCACUACAUCCCUUUGGAGAUGAGCCUAAAGGAUACCAUGAAAAGCUUCGAGGAGAAGAAUUUAGUUAGUCUUUAA